AUGUCGAAGAGAGGAGCAAGUGAACAGAUUACUAGAGAGAAUCAUUUAGACCACGAGUCAGACGAUGAACCGAAGUCAAUAAAGCUGGCAUCUGCUAGCGUGUUGGCGAAGAGAAAAAUUCUUAAACCUAGGGGAAGAACGCCAGGAUCGUCAGUUGCGAGUUCUGCGUCGCCAGCACCGUCGUUUGGAUCGAGUGCGACCGGGAACAGUGGGUUGUUUGGAAAUGCGACGGCACAAGAUGGGUUGAAGGGUGCAGAGCAGCCGGGUGUGAAGCCGUUCACGUUUGGGAGUAGUGGUCAGUCUUCGGAGACAUCAGACGACAAAAACGAGAAAAUCAAGGCGUUGAAUACGCAGUUUGUUGCGAUGUUGAAUAAGAACCACAAGGAGGGGCAUGUGGCAAAGUUUACGGAGGCUGCGAAGAAAUACAUCGAAUACUACGACAAGAUAGAACGGGGAGAAAUCAGGAUACCAGACAACAGGCCAGUACUCGAAUCAAAAUCGUCGCAAUCGUUGUUUGGAAAUGCCACGAAGUCAGGGGAUCAACCUACGCCUGUUUCAAAGCCCCAGCCAGCGGUUGAGACUAAGCCUGAAUCUGAUUCGAGUUCUGACUCCGAAGAUGAAAUUAAAGUAGAGGGUCCAAAAUUCACAUUAAAUGCAAAGCCUACCGCUAAGAAUUCCCCGUUUAGCUUUGGUCCAAAACCUGCGAAGAAAGUUGAUUCUGACUCCGAUUCUGAAUCAGAAGUUGAAAUCAAGGGGCCUACGUUCAAUUUCAACAAACCUAUCAAAGAUAAUGUUUUCAAGUUAGAUGGGGCAAAAUCUGCUACAAACAAUGAAUCUAAUAACAGCACGCCUGACUCUAAACAAGCAUUCUCCUUUGGUUCUUCAACUGCUGGAAAGAAGGACGAACCAAAGCCCGCUUUCUCCUUUGGUGUUUCUGCUGCUGAAAAGAAAGACGAGCCAAAACCAGCAUUUUCUUUUGGUGGUUCUGAAAAGAAAGAUGAACCAAAGCCUGCAUUUUCUUUUGGUGGUUCUGAAAAGAAAGAUGAACCAAAGCCUGCAUUCUCAUUUGGCGCCUCAUCCUUUGGUGCUUCAACUACUGAAAAGAAGGAUGAAUCAAAGCCGGCUUUCACAUUUGGUGUAUCUGCUGAAAAGAAAGAUGAAUCAAAGCCUGGAUUCUCCUUUGGUACUUCUACUACUGAAAAGAAAGACGAGCCAAAGCCAACAUUAUCUUUUGGUGCGUCGGCUACUGACAAAAAGGACGAACCCAAGCCGGCUUUCUCUUUCGCCUCUUCUACCCAGAAGACAGAUGAAUCGAAACCCGCCUUCUCUUUCGGCUCUGCUACCAAUAAUGAGAACAGGGGCAUGUUUUCUGGAAGUUCGACUUCAGAUUCCACCCCAAAGCUAUUCUCCUUUGGGUCGGAAAAUAAAGAUACAAAAGAAGAAGAAAAACCAAAAUCGUCUCUCCAAUUUUCAUUUAACCCACCAUCUCAAACAUUAUCUGAAAAACCUGCGUUUUCCUUUGGUUCUUCGAAGUCUGCUACUCCAUUAUUUGGGAACAACAAUUCAACUCCAUCCUUCACCUUCAAUGCUAAUAAUAAUAAAAACGAAGCCGAAUCAAAUUCUGCAACUCCAGAGACACAGCAAGGAGCUGAUCCUUCAGAAGAGGAUACAGGUGGUGAUUUCAAAGCCGUUGCACAAUUAUCUUCCGAAAAAUUAAAUAACCAAACUGGUGAAGAAGAUGAAGAAGCACUUUACACUAAGCGUACAAAAUUAAUGUUAUUUGACCCAUCAAAUUCAGAAAAUCCUUAUACUUCUAGGGGUUUGGGUGAUUUGAAAGUUUUAAAAAACAAGGCUACAGGAAAGUCAAGAAUAGUUGUUAGAGCUGAAGGUGGAUUGAGAAUUUUAUUAAAUACGCUAGUUAACAAGGACAUGACCUACACAACAAUUGGCAAUGGCUCGAUGGUCAGAGUUCCAACCGUUAAUCCAACUGACAAAUCUAUUGAGACAUAUAUUUUAAAGGUCAAAACUGCGGACGAUGGACAAAGGCUUUUAGAAGUACUCAAUGACGCCAAAAAAUAG